AUGGCACGAGUUCUUAUGGCAACUUCUUACGACGAGCAGUUUCCAGCUGAUAACAUCCUCUCCCAGCCUACCCGAGAGUUCUGGAUGAGCACAGGAGUUUACCCUCAAGAAAUUUUAAUUCAAUUGACUCCAGCCAAAUCAGUCAGAAGCAUCCGAUUUGUAUCAACAAAAGUGCGGCAAAUUGUAGUCGAGGGAAGUGAAGGCCCACAUCUAGGGAACUUCGUAAAAAUCGGGGAAACUGAAAUAGGUGAUUCGAGGGAUCUUCAGAGAGAAACUGUAGAGAUCAAUAGCACUAAGGUUUUUCAGUAUGUGAAGUUUGUGAUUGCUAGUGGGUGGAAUGAUUUCGUGAGUAUUCAUUCGUUAAGAUUUGAGUAA